AGCAGCCUCACCAAGGCAUCAGAUUGCCGUGAUGAUACCAAAAUCUUGAUGCAGCCCUACGCUAACUGGGAGGAUUACUUGACACCAAUACCAAUGUCCAUAGCUCUUCUUGGGGAGCUUGUCUUCAUCUCCUCCAAUGUAGAUUUUUCCAUCCGUCAAGGCAGCCCAGAGGGCGGUUUUAAGCACGUCAAGUAUCCAGACUCGUUUCGAGCCUGCCUCAUGCAAGUGUGCAAUGCUGGGUGGCGUGCAUUCAAUGAAGCGCACAAGAACAUGGACCAGAUUCGUCUACACACCUCCAAUAUUCCAAGCUACAUCAAAACGGCUGAAAAGGUGCUCAGCCUGCCGGAUGACGCCGCCAUUGAAGCUAUCCUCCCUCUCCAGCUAGAGGAGAUUGACGACAUAGCCAACAAAUGCCUGAAGCUGUCUGAGUCGACAGAGGUGAAAUUCACUGAUGCUCUGGAGCUGAUCCAAGAGCUCCUCGAGUCUUGCACCUCUGCCAAAGAAACCUAUGGCAAGGAACUGGAAGAAGUCAGGAAGAAAAUCGAAGAAGCUAAAUUAAGGGAGAAGGCCGCUCGGGAGGCCAACAGAUGGGCCACAGAAGCCUUCAAAAACAUGAGUAAGCAGUUGGAUGAGGCACAUAAAUCCUUCACAAAAUCAAUGGCAUCCAUGCCAAGUGGCUGGGAAGUAAUUGGAAUGAAUUUUGUGGAAGGACUCACAAAUACUAUUACAACUGUCUUAUCAGGGGUCACAUCCAUAGUCUGUGGGAACCCUUUUGCCUUCAUGGGGUCCCCUUUUGCUGCAGUGGCUGGCUUUGCACUGGGACCAAAAAAUAACCCUGUUGCAGCAAGCAACAUUUUUUCCAAAUCAUCGCAAAUCCUGUCUUUGGUACAAGGCUUCAGCUCUUUUAUUGACAAAGACCAAAUCAAGUGGUCUGAAGUAACUGAUCAACACUCUGGGGCCCCACAGAACAAUUGGCUGAACAGCAUAUUGAAAAAUGUUCAGAUGUCGAUAAGCACAGAAAAUGAAUGUGAGCCUAAAAGGCAGGCUUUAGAAAUAUGCACCAACGCCCUCAACAUCAGCUCUGAGCUGGGAUCACAUGCACCUGGAGCGGAGCCUGGUGACGCCAAGACAAAAGAGCUCGUGCAAGCUAUGAAAGGUCUGACAGAAGCAGCCCAGGUCUUUGACACAAGGAGUAAGGCUGCAACUAAUACAUCAGCCUUCAAUAUAAAACCCCCUCAACUGUUCAAAGCUCAGAGCGUAAGUUCGGGCUCAAGCUCCAAAGGCCAUAUAGUCGCAGACAAUGCCCGCUUCCGAAUUGAGCAGAGCAGAGCCCAGCUGGAUAAGGUGAGGGAACUGUAUGAGAAGUCUGUGGAAACCUUGGAGAAAAACCAGCAGGAGCUGACUGAGAUCCUUGUCACCAUGAGAAACUGCGAAGUCAAGGAGAUAGACUUAACCACCACUUUAAAAUUUCUGGCUCAGGGUCUAGAAGCCAUGGGAAGGGUUAAGGAGCAGUGGCAGAAGUUGGUGCGCUUCUUCCAGAUGGUCUGCAACAUAGUCAAAACCUGCCUGACCUCAUCCCUGAAAGAUUUUGUCAACACAGGCCAGGGAGAAUCGGAGACAAAAAUUAAAUAUUCGUCCAAAAUGUUUUUGAGAGACGUCAUCUACAACCAGGCCUUCCACUUGUCCAUCGUCGCAAGCCUGCUACACAUGAUCUCAUCGACCUACACUCAGGUCUCCAGUCAGUACCUGAUGGACAGCAUCAGCACCCUGAGCAGGCUCAUGUCUUUGGAUCCCAGCAAACCGGAGUUUCUCUCUGAGCGUAAGCGGAUGAAUGAUGCUUGCGACAAUGCCCAAAAAGUAAUAAAGCAGCUCGUCCAGAAGAAUAAACUUGACUUUGAUGAGAAGACCAGAGCAAGAUUUAAGAAAAUUGAAACUGAUCUGAAAGCUGUGCUGCCUCCAGCACCCGAGGAAGACACGAAGCAACUUCAGGAAAUAGUUGCGAGCGAGUUCAAGGACACAGCUAAGUAAGAGACAGAUUAAUAUGCAGUGAGUUUCCACACAUGAUAUCCCCAUUAACUAAUUACUAAUCAGUCACCUCAUAUGAUAGCCUUAUAUAUAACAUGAGUUUUGUUUGAUACACCCUAUAGCCAU